AUGACAGUGUUUUCCCAUAUACCACUUGAACACAAGAAAGUGCCGACACAAGAGCUUAAUGAAGAUGUUGCAAAAAAAUUCAAUAUGUUGGUGAUGCGGCAAGAGAAAGUUGAUAUCUCGCUACUGCAGCAACGCAUACAAAGCGUUGGAACCAAGCUUUGGGAUCCUGCGAAUCAAAAAGAUAAUGUGCCCGUGCGUCGCGCUGGUCACGAUACGUGGGGAAUUGGCAAGGUUGUCUUUAUCUUCUGUGAUGACUACCUUCAGAAAGUAUUUACUUUCCCCUGGUUUCAUUCUUGGCGAGAAGAACUCGUCCCUAUUCUUAAGCAGAUUGACAUUCCUCUAAACCGAAUUGUACGCUGCAUUCUUGCUUCCAUGCCACCUGGAGCCAACAUUCCUGUCCAUCACGACACUGGAUCCUGGGUACACUUUACGCAUCGUCUACAUUUGCCAAUUUUUACAAGUUCCAACAUUGAUUUUAUGGUAGGACCUAAUGAUCGGAACUUGCAGCGUUACGAGCUGAAGCAAGGCAAUCUUUACGAGUUGAACAAUAGCUGUAGACACAGUGUUACGAACAAUUGGAACCAGCAUCGCGUGCACUUGAUACUCGAUUAUGUGGACAAUCCUUUAAUACUUAACCCGAUUGACUUGAAGCAAGGUACGAUUGUCUGGCAAACACGUCGCUCUGUGGACCUGUCGACAGAUUACGGCAAGCGUAUUCCCCCUUCAUUUAUCAUUAUUGGCGCGCAAAAAGCGGGAACGACAUCUCUGUACGAUUAUAUUCUGCAGCAUGAUCUUGUAUGGCCUGCUAAACGCAAGGAAACCCACUACUUUGAUUGGCGCUGGAAUAAGGAGCUGCCGGAUUCGAUGACUGUUGAAGGCGCUGAAAAGCACUUUCGAUACUACGAAGACACAUAUUUUGAAAAAAACAUUUUGCAUCGAUUUCCGUCGCUUAUGUCAGGUGAAGCCACACCCAGCUAUAUACUUGGUGGAAAGACCGUAAUUAAGCGCAUGAAGGAGGUGAUCCCGCACUGCCACAAGGUCCUUGUUAUCAUGCGAGAUCCCGUAGAACGCGCAUACUCGCACUACUCUAUGACUGCUGACACUGAAGGCUCUGAGAAGCAAAAGCGCAAUCGUGGCCAUCAUCACUUAGAAGCCCGAAGCUUUGAACAGAUUGUUGACGAUGAAAUUGAAGAGCUAGCGAAACUCGGGGUACACCCGAACAUGAAUCCCGAUGAAUUUGAUAGAACGGUGUUGCGCACGCGCUUAAAUUAUGACCACGGUGCUCACUCAUUUUUAGCACGUGGCUUGUAUGCGCUUCAACUUGCAAGCUGGAUAGAAGCAUACGGGAUUGAUAACGUCUUGUUAUUAACACUGGACGAUUUCAAGAGUGUGGAGAAUCUCUAUGCUACAAUGGACAAGGUAUUUAACUUUUUGGGCCUACCAUACCACCGCAUUAAAGACACUUCGGCUAAAAAUACUCGAAGGUACAGUUCAAUUGACGAGGCUGUUCGUGUCAGGCUGGCUGCCUUUUACAAACCUUACAACGAAAAGCUCUACGCACUUCUAGGUCGUGACAUGGGCUGGUGA